AUGAGGCUCGAAGGAUUUCGCUGCGACGAAAUCACGUUUGUGACGAUCCUCGCGGCCUGUACGAGUGUGGCGUUUCUAUCCCAGGGACAGCUUGUCCAUGCUCAGAUCAUGGACGCCGGCCUGGAGCUUCACGUCUCGGUUGCAACAACGCUGGUUCACAUGUACGGGAGAUGCUUAGAGGUGGAUCGAGCGGUGCGAGUUUUCGAAGGCAUGGCCGAGAAGGACUUGGUGUCCUGGACGACGAUGGUGGCUGUGUUUGCCGACACUGGGAAUGUCCAGGAAGCUUGGAAGACGUUUAACCGGAUGCCACAGAGGAACGUAGUAUCCUGGACGACAAUGCUAGUUGCUUAUGCGGAGAACGGACACUUGGAACGGGCAAAGUAUCUCUUCGACAGGUUUCCUCAGCGGGACGUGAUCGCAUGGAACGCAAUGGUGACGGCUUACGUUAAUGGGGGUGUUCUAGACGGGGCAAGGUCGGUUUUUGAUGAGAUGGUGGAGAGAAGCAAGGCAACUUGGAACAUCAUGCUCACGGGAUAUGCCCAGGGAGGGCAGGCUUUGGAGGCCUGGGAGCUCUUCAGGAAGAUGGACUUGGAAGGUUUCCAGCCGGACAAGAUAAGCUUCGUCUGUGUGCUGGAGAGCUUGCCCGGGGAUUCAGCAGAAGCAGGGAUCGUUCACCGUGAAGCGCUGGAAACAGGUGACAUUUCGGAGGUUUCAGUGGCGACUGCGCUCGUUCAUAUGUAUGGCAAGUGCGGGAACCUGAGACGAGCUCGGGUAGUGUUUGGGGAGAUGAAGAAUCGCAGCCUCCUGUCGUGGAACGCCAUGCUCUCGGCGUAUGCCCGCAACGGGCAUGUCAGCAGCAUGGUUGGAUUCCUGAGCGAGAUGAACAAUGGUGGAGUGGAGCUCAACGCUGUGACUUUUAUCAGCGUUCUGGCGGGGUUUAGCCACAGGGGUCUGCUCAAAGACGGCCACAGCAACUUCAUCUCGAUCGUCGCCGACUAUGGAAUCACGCCGAUACUGGAUCACUACAUCUGCAUGGUCGAUUUGCUCGGAAGAGCUGGGCAGGUCGAGGAAGCCAAGGAGCUGAUUGAAAACAUGCCGUUUGAUGCCGACUCUGCUACAUGGACUGCUCUCUUGAGCGCUUCCAGGAUUCACAAAAACGGAUCAAACGACACUGCGGCUGCUGCUCCUGAGAAGCUCAUCGACUAG